AAGUCCCGAUUCUGCACGCAGUUCCUGUAAAGCUAGAAGAUUGAUUUACGGUUCGUAAUGUAAAUGUUUCAAGUGAAAUAGAAAUACAACUCAAGACAGGAACCCUAGAAAUACUACCCGAAAUAGCCGGGUCUCUCAACAUUUCAUCUGGAAUUUUAAUUUUAUUUCCUGCAGAUAUAGGAAGAGAAAAUCAUCAAAAUCAUUUUAAGCAAUGGCAACAUCCAGCGGGAGCCACGUAAGUGGUGCCUACCCGAAGGGGUUCCCGGAGGCGGCACUCUCCAAGAUCGCGCAUGGACACGGUAAAGGAUCAGGAAUGAGGCCGCACUCGUCGUUAUCGUUUAUUCGUUCACAAUGCCUUGCGAUACUAGUUUCGUACCUCUCCAGUCGUGGUUCACUUGUGGUUUGCUGUUGUGCAUGACGACCCCCGAGGGAUGAAACAAUCUUCAAAAACGAACUUUACAGAGGAAGUUCUGCAGCUCCUGCAGCAGUACGCUAACGCGGCCGACCCGCUCGCACAGAAGGAAGCGAUCGAGGGGCUCGCCGCCUACGUCUUGUCUCCAUCGAAACUCGCACGCGUUCUCGAUCUGGCGCUGCUGGAGAGGAUCUACGAGAUUUUCCGGAGCCACCAUGUCGAUGAACAGGAGAAAUCUGGCACUGCAGAGAAGCGUCCCAGUCUCGACGGGCCGCUCUUCGGAGACCUGGAGUCCGCACUGGAGACGCGAAAAAAGGAGCUGGUGUUGCUCCGCCGCUACUACGCGCCGACUUCGCCCUCGCCCCCCAAAGUCCUGCCGGGCGGGAUGAAAAAUGUGAAGAAGGAAUACGUGCUACCCGACGAAGCGUCGCCGCUGAACUUCUCCCCCUCGAGUAAGAACAAAAUGAACCCGAAGUCGUCCAGUCCCUCGCUCGGCCUCGCGAAGGACCGGUCGGUGUCGCCAAAAGGGAGGCUCGGACCGGUCACCGGGUUGGGUUCAAAGCAGCAGCAGGGGUUACCCUUGGAGAUGAAGGUGAGCGGACUGAAAAGUCGGGGGGACACCUGGGGAAGUGAGCACGCUGCCAUCCGGAUCAACCAUCCAAGGUUUUUUUGAGAAUUUUUUUCUGUGAGGAACAAUUUGUGUCUCCAGCUAGCUUAAAAAGUACAUAGUGAAACGAAGCGCAACUGUAUGCUAUGAAGAAGAUGAAGGGUCAUUUCUAAGCACUCGCAACUGCACUAGCCUGAUUUGCUUUUCACAUAAUUUCCGGUACAACUGCAAAUCUGAAAACAGCACGAAGCAGUACGCCCCGGUGUACUACGUGCCGACGCGGAGCGGUGCCAACAACUAUGUGAAAAAUCCCCGGGAACCAAAGCCGCACCACGUGACUACGAUGAAACACAGUAAUUCCCGGCCGGGAGGUUUUCCUCUCGGGGGCGCGGCCAACAAAUCACCGUCCUCGUCCAGUCUCGUCCCGCACCACAGUAGCAAGUCCUCGCCGUCCCCGAAACGACCACACAACGCGAAUGCCCACAGUGCGGUCGCGGCCAUGGGAAUGAUGGACACACUGCAGGUGUCGCAGAUGAGCAACGACGGUGUAAAAGUGGCGGAAGCUUACCCGCUCGCGUCAAGCAGCCAGUUGGACCAGGUGGACGGAAAACACAAAUCACUGACUACCCUGAAGCCGCGGCAUUCCCAGCCGGGGAAGUACACGCUGCUCUAUCGCGAAGAGGAUAUCAUCCGAAUUCACCAAAACUACUUCCCCUCGUUCACAUGAAUAUAAUUAUAAUUUAUUUCUCAUGCUGCAAAAUUUCAAAUCUAGCUCCCUGUGCCAUUGUUUCUUACUACUCUUGUAUUGCGCAUGAUUAGAUUUCGGAAAGAACCGAAACAGCACUAGAAUCUUGUGUGAAUUCGUCAGGCAAGUAAAAUUGUAUCCUGCCAGCGGUGCUCUUGGGGGAGUUCUUUUGGAGCACGGUCAUACAGGAGCUUGCGCGGGCACAUCAACAGGGCAAGGUGAGCAACAUCCCGCAGGACGUAUCCUGUGCAAAGGUAUCGUACUCGGUAGUUACUUACAUUAAUUGCAAUCUGGCCAGGAAAAUGUUGAUGUUUCAUGAUCCCUGAUUGGUAAUCAAUCGUUGCAAAUUAAGAUUUUACUUUUCCAGCUCCAGCACCAUCGGACAAAAUGAAAAUUUGUGAGUGUGAUGCAGGUAGUAGGUACUGACUUGUGCGAUACUUGUGCAAUGCAUAGGACGCAGAUGCAAACCAGUACAGCCUGGGAACCCUAGCCGCGCACUUCAACGAAGAUACCACCCGGUGGCUAGUGGAGCAGGGGUUUACCAAACAAAAAGCCCCGGGGGCAGCGUCGGCCUCCGGGGGAGCGGCGGCGGGGGGUGGUCAGCAGCAGCAGCAUGCGACAGGGACGAAUGAGGAGGAGGGGGCACCGACUGCCACGACAGCGGGGAAGAACAUAUGCGUUGCAAAAGUGAAGUGAUGUCGCCUUACGCUGUGCAUUUUUGCACGACAAACUUCUCAAAAAGAAGAAAAGGAAUUUGUGAUGUGGAUUCAGGCAAAGCAUAAGCAAAUACAUAGAAACAACAACAAGCAGAUGCGGUAGAUCUAUCAUGCCAAACUGCAAUAUGUACUAUGUGUGCGAAGAUAUUACUUGUGUUGCAAUGUCGAUAGAACAAAAAGUUCGAUAUUUUCCAAGACACAGUUGACCUGAUGCUCGCAGCCACCGCUGCGACGGAGAAAAGUGCGGCAGAACUGGUGCUAAACAACUCACCGCCGUUGGCAGCCAGCGCAUCGACUGCAGGAAAUAAAUCCGGGAAGAAGUAAAGAGCAAGUCCGAGGCCCUCCAAUAUGAAGCAUGUGUACUAGUUCUUUCCUCCAUUCAAAAAAUUCAACUUAUUUCACAAAUUUACAAACGGUACUGUCUAACGGGCUUUUCUUGCUGUUGGCAGAGCUUCUACCACUCCUACUUAUGUGCUUCCUGAUGACAGACAUCGCCAAAAAGAUGUUCACCUGUGCUCGGGGGCUUUGCUGCUCCUUGAAUGAGGUUUCAGUUUCACGCUGACCGUGAAAUCAAAAUACUGGCUCCGCUUCAUUCUCUUCUUUGCGUAUAAUGUCAUACGUAUGUUGGCCCCCGUGCUAAAUCUAAAACAUCCAGAAUUCCGAAAGCAACCCGCGCUUGAUGUUAAGGAGGAGUUUUUGCUAUAUUUAGUGAAAUAUGCAAAAAAUAUCCCAACCCAUAUUUCUACGAAAUGCGCAGGCACGAUACUGGUUAGAAUACAAGUGCCGCGCUAUUGUAUCUUCGCUUUGCUUUCUCUGUUUCCUCACUCUUGUCCCUUCUCAGGCCCCGGCCGCUCGCUGCGCGGCGGACCGGAUAAAUUUUUGCUCUUGGGGUUUCAUCAUGUUGAACUGAAAAUACAGGCCAGCUACUGGUCGGCUAUUGCUGGAAGUUUCAUAUUUUCAGCGAUAGCAGACCAGUAACUGACCUGUAUGCUCAGUUGCUUGCAAGCGUUGUCCUUUUCGUGUGGUUUGCAAGUAAAUUUGUGGAACCGCUGACAAAGUAGGGACGCCCCUCCUGGCCGUGUAGUGCAAUAAGUGAUCGCCAUGCAGUGGUCGCGAUAGAAGUGGGCUACCGCUCUCGUUACUGGUGCACUAGUACACGGGCACGGCAGUGCUGCGCGUCGGCUACUUUGCUCGCCUACCGUAAUUACAGGUCGAGAUAUUUUCUGCAUAUGAUUUUAAAUAUAGCAAGAACUCAUCUUUAAUGAUGCUUUUUGCUAGUAGUAGGAGAUGCAGCCGCAAGAAGACGAGGAAGAGGAAGAGCACCGGUAGACAUUUUAUGUAGCGCUUUCUGAUGAAGACCUAGGAAUAGGCUACAAGCAUCUUCAAAAUUAUGCGUGUUUCUAGGUAUGCAUAUUCUUGAUUGCUUGUUCUAGGCUGAUGUGAAUACAAUAAUGUCUUUCCACAAAUGUACCCAACGUUGUGAUGAAUGUUUCGUCUCCAGUUUGAGUUUGCAAGCAGGCAAGAAUGGCCAUGAAUAAUAAAUUCACCUUGGUUCCCGACCUCGAGGACCUUGCAUCAAUGGCCGCUCCUGACGAGCUAUUGAUCUUUCACGAAGAGGAAACACUGAUGCACUUACGGUUCCUUGGAAUCAAAAAUCAAAGUAAGGAUUAUAGAAGCGCCAGCCAUCGAAAGAUUGAUAAGAUUCUCGAACUGAACAGACCGGAGAGCCUGUAAGCAAGUCGGUUCGUUGUUGCUGAAUAAGG